GCCAAGCGUGCUUUGCGCUCGAAAGAGAGAGAGUACUUGCUCGUCUAGAGAGAGAAACUCACAGUGAGAGAGACGACAGGCGACUGGCGACCGUCGGCGAGGCCGCUGUCCAUGGUGAUUUGGUCCGACGUUUGGAACGAGUAACGCGAACGGAAAGUUUCGAGGAUAACGCCAUUUUUGUAAGGGGUUUUGUUUCACUUGGCGAGAGAUCGUUGUUCCGCUGCUGCUUCUAGAGAUUAUCUCCCCUGGUUCCUGAUAGAGAGAGAUUUGGCGUUUCAACUGGUGUAAUUGGCCUUAGGUUUUUACUCUACGGCGGGAAUUGAGAGUAAUAUGGUGGGGAUGGAGUGGCCUGGGAGUCUUGAUGAAUACGAAAAACUUAUCAAUCGGAUUAACACUCCGAGAGUGGUGAUCGACAAUGCCGUUUGCAAAACUGCGACUCUGGUCAAGGUUGACAGUGCUAGAAGGCACGGAAUCCUCCUGGAAGCUGUACAAGUGUUGACCGACUUGAACCUUUCAAUUCAGAAAGCUUACAUUUCUUCAGAUGGAAGGUGGUUCAUGGAUGUUUUUCAUGUGACUGAUCUUGACGGGAAUAAAUUAAUCGACGAGAGCGUUAUUAGCUACCUUGAGCAGUCACUAGCUACGAUUCACUGUGGCAAACCCACCGUCUCUAAUGGCUUGACGGCCCUUGAGCUAACUGGCACAGACCGUGUUGGUCUUCUUUCUGAGGUAUUUGCAGUGCUCGCUGAGCUUCAAUGUGAUGUUGUUGAGGCCAAAGUAUGGACUCACAAUGGCCGAAUAGCUUCUUUAAUAUAUGUCAAAGACUGUAAUUCCGGUUCCCCUAUCAAGGACUCCCAGAAAAUAGACACCAUUGUUGGACGUUUGAGAAAUGUUCUAAAAGGAGAUGAUGACAUUCUAUAUGCCAAGACUUCUGUCUCCAUGACAGACACCCAUACCGAACGAAGGCUACACCAGAUGAUGUUUGCUGACCGCGACUACGAAAGGAAGCCUGUCCUUCAGCAUAGUGAUGAUUCACCUGCAGUCACCGUUGAGAAUUGUGUAGAAAGGGGUUACUCAGUGGUGAAUGUCCAGUGUAAAGAUCGAAUGAAGCUAUUAUUCGAUGCUGUCUGCACGUUGACGGAUAUGGAUUACGUAGUUUUUCAUGGUCUCAUCAAUACUGAAAGGGAUAGAGCAUGUCUGGAAUUUUACAUCAGACACACCGAUGGAACUCCAAUUAGUUCCGAGGCUGAAAGGCAGCGUGUCAUCCAAUGCUUACAAGCUUCGGUAGAGAGAAGGACAUCACAGGGUGUGAGGUUGGAGUUAUGCACAACCGAUAGGCCAUGUCUCUUAGCAGAUGUUACCAGAACAUUUAGAGAGAACGGUUUAAACGUUACAAGAGCAGAGGUAUCCACAUCAGCUGAUGUCGCUCUAAACCUCUUCUACGUAACAGAUGCACUUGGAGGUGCAGCCGAUGCAAAAAUAAUCGACUCUGUGCGGGAGAAGAUCGGGUUGAGUAGCUUGAAAGUGAAGGAACUGCCAUCAAUUUCUCAACAAAAGACAGAAGGGGGCGAGCAGGCUGCCAGUGUUGGUGGGGCCGUUUUGUUAUCUCUUGGGAGCAUGUUGAGAAGGAAUCUCUACAACUUGGGAUUGAUCAGGUCAUACUCGUAAGCCGAGCAUCAAAAGAAAGAGAAAAAAAAAAGGAAGUAACCAUUACCAAUUGAUGAGUUAUACAAGAUUUGUCCAUAUGUCUACUUUUUCCUCGCAUAUUCUUUGCUUGAAGUUUGAGCAUAAUUGUGUACAUAAAAAAGAAUCAAAAUUUGAAGGAAGGAAAGAAAGGGUAGGGCCUUUGUUGAUAGUACAAGUUGGGUUGGGUUGGUGGAGUUAUUUGAUGUAUAAGAAAGGCAUAUUUGUGGAGGAGAGGUAAAAGAACAGGAGAAGAGAACAUGUUGAAAAGGUGAUGGGUAAAAGAGUACUGUUUUAUCUUUAUAGGUCUGCUGCUAGCUGGAAGACCAAUGUUAGGUAAGAAGGUAAGAAGAUAUGGUUGGUUGUAUACAGCUUAACACAUUGUACAUAACACCCCAUUUCAAGUACUUUAAUUGAAUCAGUGGUUGACUUUUUCUCUCUCUAAAA